AUGAGCGUUAUGGAUAUUCCUCCUCCAGGUUACACUUCCGAGCUCAAUAGUCCAAUAUCCGACACUCCACCGUUAUCAAGUUCUCUUUCAAACAUUCCUAUCCUGCCUCCGGUACCAGAACGAGUACCUUUUGGCAAUCCGCCAAGUUAUGGCAUAGCAAGCCGGCCGGUUGAGCCAUUGGUGUACUCCUUCUCUACGGUGGGGCCAACUUCUAUGCUUCUUCUUCCUCCGCCUUCAGCGCCGGAUACUCGCCCACGAUAUCACAUCUCCGUCAGCACCAACUGCUUUACGCCAAGUUCUUACAUAACAAUCGUCCGAAAGGGAGCGUCAGAGAAUGGUGAACUCAUAGGAGAAUUCGAAAUGGGUCUGACCAGUAAAUUAAAGCCUCCAACUGUUUAUGUUCGUGGUCAAGAAGCACUGCUAGGCAACACCUUAGAUGACUCCAGACGACACGUAACAGACAGGUUGGUAACCUUUUGGGAUGAUGGCUCCACUACGAAGUGCUACCGUACUGAGCACUGCAGGCCUCUUGAAAUCUUAGCAGAAUUCAUCGUGCCAGGAGGACUUCGACGACUAGGGGAGCCAGCACUGUCCACGAAACUUAAAAUAUACCCGGAAGGUCAAGAACACUUCGAUGAUAUCCUGAUAUCCAUCCUCGUUCUGGAGAGGAAACGUACCACCUUGGCUGUGAAAGAAGAAGUUAUAGUUGCAAGUUCGUCGAUCCGAAAACCUAUGAGAUCUGUACACACAUCUUCACCGCUUCGCGACACCGCUGCGGUAACUGAUGUUGGAGGACCUUCACGACAGCGACGAUGGCAUUACACGGAGGUUCCACCGUCUGCAGAAGGAGGUGACUACAACAGUCAGCUUCAUUCAUUGUAG